GGUAACUGAAAGUGCGAAACUGCAGAUAAGGCGGACUCUUGUACUUUUUUAAAAUUCCUUACAAUUAUGCAUUCAAUAAAUGUCAGUAUCUCAGUGAUUGCCCAGCUUAAUCACAGCUAUCCAGGAGACAGACAGAUCAUAGAUGGAACCCUCCAUUCAGAAGAAAUGCUGUGGUGCUUCCUUUUACCCCAUACAAAAUGGAACAUAAGAAACUACAAAGCUGAACAAACUACAAUCUUCUUAUAAAUGAGAGGCACUGAAGUCUGAGCAGUUUCCAGCUGAGGGAAAAUAACCAACAGCUUCUCCACAGUGUAGAUCAAAACAGGGAAAACAUGAAUAUCACUAACUGUACCACAGAAGCCAGUGUGGCUGUGAGACCCAAGACCGUCACUGAGAAGAUGCUCAUUUCCAUGACUCUGGUGACCAUUACCACCCUGACCAUGUUGCUGAAUUUGGCCGUGAUCAUGGCCAUCUGUACCACCAAGAAGCUCCACCAGCCUGCCAACUACCUGAUCUGUUCUCUGGCCGUGACGGACCUCCUGGUGGCAGUGCUCGUCAUGCCCCUGAGCAUCAUGUACAUUGCCAUGGACAGCUGGAAACUAGGGUACUUCAUCUGUGAGGUGUGGCUGAGUGUGGACAUGACCUGCUGCACCUGCUCCAUCCUCCAUCUCUGUGUAAUUGCCCUGGACAGGUACUGGGCCAUCACCAAUGCUAUUGAAUAUGCCAGGAAGAGGACGGCCAAGAGGGCUGGGCUGAUGAUCCUCACCGUCUGGACCAUCUCCAUCUUCAUCUCCAUGCCCCCUCUGUUCUGGAGGAGCCACCGCCAGCUGAGCCCACCCCCUAGUCAGUGCACAAUCCAGCAUGACCAUGUCAUCUACACCAUUUACUCCACACUUGGGGCAUUUUACAUCCCCUUGACUUUGAUACUUAUUCUGUAUUAUCGUAUUUAUCAUGCAGCCAAGAGCCUCUACCAGAAAAGAGGAUCAAGCCGGCACUUAAGCAACAGAAGCACAGAUAGCCAAAAUUCUUUUGCGAGUUGUAAACUUACACAGACUUUCUGUGUGUCUGAUCUCUCCACCUCAGACCCUACCACAGAGUUUGAGAAGAUCCACACCUCUAUCAGGAUCCCUUCCUUCGACAAUGAUCUAGAUCACCCUGGAGAACGGCAGCAAAUCUCUAGCACCAGGGAGCGCAAGGCAGCACGAAUCCUAGGACUGAUUUUGGGUGCAUUCAUUUUGUCAUGGCUGCCAUUUUUCAUCAAAGAGUUGAUUGUAGGUCUGAGCAUCUAUACAGUGUCCUCUGAAGUGGCUGAUUUUUUGACGUGGCUCGGUUAUGUUAAUUCUCUGAUCAACCCUCUGCUCUACACAAGUUUUAAUGAAGACUUUAAGCUGGCUUUUAAAAAGCUCAUUAAGUGCCGAGAACAUACUUAGAUUGCAAAAAGCCAAAAAGCAUCACUUUUACCAGCCUUGUGAGUGGACAAGGGUAAGGGGUGCAACUUAUCAAUUUGUGAACAUAAUUGGUUCAGGAAAUUUUGUAAGGUAGUGUGGUCUUUUUGUUUGUUUUGUUCUGUUUUGUCUGAGGUUUGUUAUUCGGUGUGCCGUUUUCUACCUCUGGUUUUAUUGUGGUACAUGAUUUCAAAUAAACAUUAUCAUAUAAAGACAGAAAUUUCAUAGAAAUAAUAAUAAGGUGAAAUAGUAACUACUUUUUUUAGCCAUUUCAGUUAAUCCUGCAAUUAAAGAAUGCCAAAAUAAAUCUUCAUU